AUGAAAGAUGGCAGCAUUGUGGAGCGAGGAACUCACGAGGAGCUGCUGGCUAAGGGUGGAGAGUACGCGACCAUGGUGCACACCUGGCAGCAGUCGCAGGGCGAUGGCGGUCAAACUCGUACGAUAGUAAACAGUGACUCAGGAGUCUCGGGAAUGAAUGGGAAAUGUGUGUCGGUGGAGAAGCUUGCCACCAACGGCACCCCAAAGAAAGCGAAGACUGUUCAGAACGGAAACCACGAUAUCCAAGCACAAAUGAUUGGUGGAAAACAUCUAACGCAGGCAGAACGCCUGGAGGCUUCUGCGUGGUCUUCUGUGUGGUGGCCAUCAUCAUUUCUCAAUGUGGGAACAACAGCAUUCAGCUCUUGGUGGCUGGCCACGUGGAUCAAGGCUGGUGUCGGGAACAGUUCAUUUGUGAAGAAUGAGUCGAUUGUCGUUGGCAACGAGACAGUGUACGAGAAUGUGACAGUGUUGGGCACGAGUAUGGCUGAUAACCCUGAUUUUGAGAUGUACCGGACAGUGUACGCCCUCACCAUCGUGGGUAUCAUUGCUACCAACCUCCUCAGGGGCUUUGUGUACGCCAGGGUGUCACUGAAUGCCUCCAAGAAACUGCAUGUCCAGCUGUUUAACAAAGUAAUCAGAACAACUAUGCAGUUCUUUGAAACAACCCCUCUUGGCAGGAUACAGAAUUUGUUCUCUAAGGAUAUGGAUGAAGUGGAUGCUCACCUACCGUUCACGCUGGAGUGUAUGCUAGAGGAUGGCUGUUCGCUUAUAUUCGCUAUCCUCUUCAUCUGCCUUGUCUUUCCUUGGUUCAUCGUUCCUCUAGUGAUCCUCUCCAUUCUGUUCUUCACAGUCAGCAGAAUAUUCAGGGUGGCUGUCAGAGACCUAAAGAGGCUGGAGAACACGUCACGAUCUCCUAUCUUCAGUUCUGUGUCUGCAACCGUGCAGGGCCUCAGCACCAUCCAUGCCUUCAACAAAGAGAACGACUUUAUCAGCAAAUUCACCAACACCUUUGAUCUGAAUUCAACCUGUUUGUACAUGUCGACAUCAGCUAUCAGGUGGCUGGCCCUCAGGGUUGAUACAUUAUCAGCGGUGAUCACGUUGAUAACAGCGUUCUUGUCAGUUCUGCUGCACAACCAAGUAGCACCUGCGAUGAUGGGGCUGGCCAUAGCGUAUGCUGCCUCCAUCAGCGGUAUCUUCCAAUACGUGAUCAGGAUGGUGGCUGAAGCAGAGACGAGAUUCAUCUCGGUCGAGCGCAUCACCUCGUACCUCGAGAGCCUGAAGGUGGAAGGUGGUAAUGGACCGAAAGGCAAGCCAUGGGAAGGUUGGCCGCAGAGAGGCAACGUGCACUUCAACAAGGUGUGUCUGCAGUACCGCAGCUCCUUGCCAACAGUGCUGCAUGAAGUAACCUUCAAGGUCAAAGACUGUGAGAAACUGGGUAUCGUGGGCCGCACAGGUUCAGGAAAGAGUUCACUGACCACUGCACUAUUCCGGUUAGUGGAGCUGUCUGCUGGAACUGUUGAGAUAGACCAGCUCAACAUCUCUUCCUUGGAUCUCAGCCAACUGCGGACACAACUCACCAUCAUCCCUCAAGACCCCAUGUUGUUCUCAGGCACCAUUAGGUACACAUACCUAUCAUUAUCCUUUUUUAAUAUUUACA